AUGCGGAUGGGAAGAACAAAGAGCCUUUUGCAGGUGCAGACAUGCCAGCGGGGCGGGUGGCCGGAGCCCCCUCCUCGCCACAGACCAGCCCGUGCCAAGGGUCCCAGUGUCACCUGGGUGUCACCCCAGUGCCACCCCAUUGCCCCAUGCCGCCUUCCUGUGACGUCUCCCCAUCACGCGAAGGCUCUUGCGGCAUCGGUCGCUGCUUCCUGCCCUUCACAGGCAGCAGAGGUGCGAGUGCAGGCAAGGCGGCAGCGCUGCCUGCCCUGCCAGCCUGCCCCGUCAGCCUGCCCCGUCCUGUCGGCACCAGCUAUGGACUCUUGGGUCACUGCGUGGCCAGACAGAGGGGACCCCAUGGAUGACCACCGUCCUCUCUUCAGCACCUUCAAACCCAUCAGCGAGGACAACAUGGCCAGUGCCAAGCCAGGACCCGACAUGACCCUGGUCCGGCCCCGGGGAGAAGAGCAGUCCCUGGGACACCAGGACACACACAGUAGGGUCCCAGCAAGCUCCUGGCCGUCCCCACCAGGCUGGUCCCCACAGGCAGGGGACCUGCGGCCGGAGCUGGUGGCCCUGCGUGCCCGGACAAGGCUGUGGUUCGAGCAGACGCAAGCCAGGAGGCUGCGGGCUGAGGGUAAGCUCCCAGCCUGGUUCCACGGCUUCAUCAGCCGGAGGGAUACAGAGCAGCUGCUGCAGGAUCAGCCCCCGGGCUGCUUCCUGGUCCGCUUCAGUGAGAGCACCGUUGGCUUCGUCCUGUCCUACAGGGGCAGGGAUUGCUGUCGGCACUUUGUCCUGGACCAGCUGCCGGAUGGGCGGUAUGUGAUCCUGGGGGAGCAGAGCGCCCACACCGAGCUGGCCGACCUGCUGCAGCACUAUGCUGCUGCCCCAGUCACACCGUACCAUGAGUUCCUGACGGUGCCACGCAGACGGGAAGAUGAGCCCCAAGGACGGACACAGAGCCCAGCCAGCAGCGAUGCUGUGCGUUCCCAAUUGAGUGAAGCACCACCAAACCUGCUGGUGUACAGCACUGUCUUGAAGGGGUCCCCAGGAGCAGCCCCCCCACUGCCUGCAGAGCCCAGCGCCAAGAGAAGCUCAUCCAGGGAGGCUCCCAGCAUCCCCCCACCACUCCCAGCCAAGGCCAGCUCCUUGGCCACAGCUCAGGGGCCGCACAGCCCCGCCAGUGGUGGAGCAACUUCCUAUGCUCAGGUGCACGAAGAAGCUGUCCUGUCCGAGCCACCCGAUGCCAAGUACCAGCAGCUCAUGUGCUUCCACACCUACGCCCAGCCCCAUGAGGACAUGGCACGCAGCCCCUCCACCAACUACGAGCCAGAAGAGCUCAUCCCCUUCUAUGCCGUGGGACGGGGCUCGAGCCCCAGCACUGGCCCCCAGGAGAACAUCUACUCCGAGGUGGCGCUGGCCCGGCAGGAUCUGCCUGCUCCACUUUCCCAAGGGACCCAAGGUGCCUUCUCCACGCUGCCCUCCAAAUCCCGUGCUCACCACCGGCUCUUCCGCAGCAUAUCCAGCCAGGUGUCCAAGAGGCGGCAGCUACCCGCAGUUCCCACUGCAGACAGGAAGGAGAGAGGAGCCUCCAGCCCAACCGCAGAGGACACAACAAACCCUCCGCUCAAGUUCGAUGAUCCUGUUUACAGCCGGAGGACGAGUGCCGCAAAGCAAGCUGUGGCUGCAGCAGGGCAGGAGAGCCCCGAGAACAUUUACGAGCAGCUUUCGGGACAGCGUCUCUAAGCCGCCCGCACAGGUACGUCUAAGACAAGGGCCAGUUCCCGGCUCCCAGGCAGAAGGAAGCUCUCAGGCUCCUCCACUGCUAAAGGAAGCCCUUGGACCUGGAAGCAGAGGUCCAAGGCUGCAGUUGGCCCCUCCACAGAUAACCAGCACCCUGGCAGCAUCAGCGAUGCCAGUCCACUCCACGCUGGGAUUCCCACGCCCUUCCCAAGGCAGCAGCCUGCUUCCCAAGCCCUGCGAGACAGUUAAGAGGGGAACGGAUUUAAUUUGUCUUUGAACACAUUCAGAAAGCGAUUUCUAUUAAUAGAACAAGGGUGGAAAAGGCCAUUCUAGUAAAAUUAGAGAUGGGUUUCAGGCAUGGCUGGUGCAUCCAGAGUCAGCUAUUAAAUUGGCCACAAGCCAGAGCAACGCCACAGCCUGGCAGGCAGGGCCACACCAAACCUCACGAGCCCAGUGCUGACACUUCCAAGCCCUGCGCAUUGCCUCAGCCACAAAACACAAGAUAGCACCAACCCCGAGGAGCAAAUUCAGCUGCAAGGUUGGCAACACCGACCCUGGUGCUGCCCAGCAGCGUGCAAAUCCCCGGCCUUGUCAUUUCUUCUGAAACGACACCAAGGCAAUGUCAUUCUCACUGCAGACAAGGUGCACCCAGCCUUAAACGGAGCAGAAAGCAUAUGAGGACAGCCAAAGCCCCACGCUGGGAUGUGUUAGAGCUUCAAGACAGGAAGGGAAAAGGAGGGCUGCAGGGUUGGAGUUGUUUUCUUUUACCUCUCUGAAGAAAAACUCACUUUCGCUUUUCACAAGCCUACUUUUUCUUGCUCUUAAAUGGCUAAAAGCAGAGCGCAAGUCAGCCACGAUUCCCGCCCUCAUAACUCCCCUCUAGUGCUAAAAAUGAGUCAUUACACACCAAAAUAGAAUCAGAAAAGGGAAACCCGUGAGCUUCAGCCUCCCUCUCAGCUUGCUCCAGGACUCCACCAAGGCCGCUGAAGAAGAGUUUGGGAGCAGAGGGUCUGCCAGAGGAUGGAGUUUCCUUGCCCCACAGCAGCUGCUCUGCCUUCGAUGCUGCAGCAAAGCCCUCCAGCAUCACCACUGGCUCCGAGCUGGGAACACUGAGGGCAAGGCUUGGCAUUUUAAACUGAUGGAUCCACAGCUGUGAGCACAACUCACUGCUGGGAUUCGCACCCCGGAUGGGCUGUGCAUAGCAAACUCCCCUCAGACAAGAGUUUUGUCACCGGCUGUGCAACAGCAUCCGCUCUGCGAAUAAGCUAAGGCAGCCAUCACCAAAACACGGGCUGCCACGAUGGUGCUUCAGCCUUGCCAGGGAGGGGAGAAGGAAAACCAAUGCCUCGAGCAAGGAGUUGAGCACCUCGUGACGGAAACAGGUGUGGUUCGGUUCAUUUAAAAGUUUAUUCCUUUAUCAAAUCUCUUUUGAGAGGAUUUUGCUGUACAUAUAACAUAUGAAUAAAUUACUCAACAGUAA